CACGUAUCAUCCGUGCAAAUGGGGCUCAUGUGAACUUUAUCUCCUUCCUCUCUCACACACACAGUACACACGCACGCACGCAGAGAGAAAGGAGAGACGGCGGAGCCGCGCAGAGAGAGAAAGAGAGACGGCGGAGAGAGAGAAAGAGAGAGUAGCGUUUCCCUUUCAUCUCUUACUUAUCGCCAGACUCUGCAAAUCAUAACAGCAAGUGGAUUAGCUAGCUGCCUGGAUUGCAAUUCCUUCAUUUCCUUCCCCUCCCGACCCUCUGUUUUCCAGGUUCCAGUGAAGAUGAUAAAAAUAGUGGAAACAAGGUCUAGAAUUGUGCUGGUACACUAUUAUCUCUGGUAGAUAAAGUGGGUAGCAUCAUCGCACUUACUUGGAUAGUUGUGCUUCUUUGUGACAGUUUUGCUUCAUCUUGCUCAUAAGAAACCACGAAGGCUGGAAACGUUUAAUGUGACCCUCGUGUGGAUAGUGAGCCAGAUGGUAUUGUUGUACCCUUCAUAAUGUCACCACACAUGUGUAUUGUGUAGGGUGUAAAGAUUGUGAGUGUAAAAUAUGGAGUUGUCUUCGCCCUUCUCAUUGCAAAGGGAUUUACCCAUCACUUCUCUCAGAUCCAGCUUCCUCCCUUGGAAUCCUCCUUGCUUAUUAGGUACAGUCAAGAGGAAUUAUAAAAACAAUAGGAUCUCAGAAAAUAUCCCUUUUUCAGUAUCUUGCUCAUCUGUCAAAACUGUCCGCAGUCCUUCAUUGGACAAGCAUGUUGUGAAGCAAAACAAGAUGCGUUUUGUCCAAAAGCUACAAACACUGCUUCUUUCCAAACCGAAAUGCUAUAUUCCAAUUCAUAUUCUCAAUAAGUGUCGAGCCUACCUUUCCCUAUCAAAGCCACGAUCCAUUCUCUCAAUGAUUCAUAGAUACCCUACUAUUUUUGAACUCUUCAUGAUCCCAAUAGCUCCCUUGCCAUCCAAUGCAACUAAAUCAUUAUCACAACUCUGUGUCCGUCUAACCCCAGCUGCAGCAGCCCUUGCUGCUGAGGAAUUAAGUCUCAAAUCAGCCAUCUCUGACACCUUGGCCACCAAACUCCAGAAACUUCUUAUGCUCUCUUCUCAUCAUCGACUACUUCUGUCAAAGUUGGUUCACCUAGCUCCAGAUCUUGGUCUUCCCCCUAAUUUUCGCUCUCGUCUAUGCAAUGACUAUCCAAAUAAAUUCAAGACUGUUGACACCUCCUAUGGCCGUGCACUUGAGCUUGUCUCCUGGGACCAAGACUUGGCAAAGCCUUUACCAUCUCCAGAAGUUCAGUCACGUGAGCUAAUAGUAGACAGACCUUUGAAAUUCAAGCAGUUGACACUCCGAAAGGGUCUAAAUUUGAAGAGGCGUCACCAAGAUUUUUUGCUCAAAUUCAAAGAAAUUCCGGAUGUGUGCCCAUACAAUACCCCCAUCUCGGACUUGCCUAAAGAGACAAUUGAGGCAGAGAAGAGAGCUUGUUUGGUGGUGAGAGAAGUGCUAGGGAUGACGGUUGAAAAGAGAACUUUGAUAGACCACUUGACUCAUUUUAGGAAUGAUUUUGUGCUGUCCAACAAGUUGAGAGGGAUGAUCAUACGGCACCCGGAGUUAUUCUAUGUGAGCUUGAAAGGGCAGAGAGAUUCAGUGUUUUUAGUGGAGGGUUUUGAUGACAAGGGUGCACUGUUGGAGAAGAAAGAGACUUUGGUGAUAAAGGAAAAGUUGAUGCAGUUGGUUAGAGAAAGCAAGAGACUAAGAAGAGAGAGGAAGAAAGCUAGGAUUAACAACACUGAGAUUGGUGGCUCUAGUGAUGAUUUUGAGUCCGAUGGUGAUGAUGAUGAUGACUAUGAUGACGGUUUUCAGAGUUUGUUUGAGCCUGAAGAUUUUUAUGUGGAUGAUGAUGGUGAUAAGAAGGGUGAGAUAAUUGACUACAGGGAGAAAGGGCAGUUUUGGAAUGUUGAUGCUCAUUCUGUUCAUGAUGGCGGGAAGCAACAAAUGGAACCUUGGUAGAAAAGAAUGUCAAGUGUUCAGAUCUUACCAGAAAAUAAUCAAAGUGCGAGGAUAGUAUUAUGGCAGUUAUAUGAAUGACUGUAAAGACGAAGUCUCACAGUCUGUAUCUAUAUAUAUGAAGCAAAUGGCCCUUCACCUAAAGGGUAAUUUUUCUGAAAUACCUUACAUUAUCCUGAGGUGAAAAGUUUACUUAAUUCAAAACCACUUCCCUUCACUUUCCUGUUAAUAAAAUUGGCUUAUGGAAGAAGCAGAUUGUAGGCAACCUACAUAAUUGAAGCUUAAUACAAGGCCAUGAAGUGGCACAGAUAAUUGAUCAAGCUCUUCAUGGAGGCAACAUAUGCAUAAAGAUAGCUGAUUCGUGAAUGUCCAGUGCAGCAACUCAGUUCUCAACCUCUGCAUCAAUGGCCCCAUUACCUUUGUGCUGUUCUUGUAUGUAUGUCAACUCAAAAAGUGGUUUCACUUGGAAUUUCCUUUCGCGAGCGUGAGCAUAGGUAUGAAUCAUGGAAUUACCUUUCACUGUUUACAUUGAUUCUAGUCACUUUGAUAUAUUUCGACUAUGCUGUUACUCCUAAUGUUUGAUUAACAUCUGUGAAUGAAAUAGUUGAUACACUAUUUCAUUUCUACGAAAAACAGGAAAUUGUUGUUGGCCAACACUAGAACUCAUCAUUGCUGCCAAAACUAGAACUCGUCAGGCAUAUAUAUACUCUAUUUUUCUGUACAGUGAGGCACUGUAUCUACUGAAGCAACUGCCAAACUGAUUCACUUGCGAUGGUAAUAUUGGACAUUAAUACUAGACCAAUGGUGGGUGCUGCCAUGCUGGUUCAAGAGCGGCACUUACAAGGAGUCCUGCACUUAGGCGCGCGUCAAGGGAGACCUUUAAAUUCUAAGAUUGGUACGAGGAGCAGAUUUCAUGAAGAAUAUGAGGAAUGUGGGGUGGAGCAGCUAGUCCCGCACCCGCAGCACUAUGCUGGGGAAGGAGGAUGGCAGGGUGUUCAUACCGAGAGUGGCUUUCGGUUGACUAUUUUUGGGCUUCUUCCAUGUGAUAUUAUAUUUUCUUAUAUACCAAACAGUCUUCAUCCCGUCUCGCUACUGUUCAGAAGUCCGCAGUUAGUGAAACGGGAUGAAGACAUUCAAACUGAGUGUCCUCUAACCAGUUUGAAUGUGUUUAGGCUGCGUGACUGUUGAUCAAACUUUUGGCAUCAACAAUUUUUUAUCUACACUUUGCAAAACACGUUCCUUUUCGUUAGGAACCCUCGGUUUGAAGGUGUACUCAACUCAUUGUAUAUAUAUUGUACACACAUUAUUUCGAGUA